CGGGGGACGACACCCAGCCUCUCACGACCCACUCCAGUCCUCUUAUUUCUCCUUUCGAAAACCACUUUCACUUACAACAAAAAAGAAGCAGAAAGGAAACUUUUUUUUCUACAGUGUUACUUUUUUUUGGUUUUUUGUUUUUUUACAUAUUCAACAUUUCUCGGUGAUUAUUGCGGACGGGGGAAAAGGAUAUUUGAUGCGAGCUUGUCAUCGCAAGUAAAGACGGAACUGCCACAGCAAAACACAGGUUCGGAAAAGAGCUCCGAGUCCCGGCGAUUGGACCCUUACCCUGCCGAGCCCUGCCCGCUCCAGGAUCAGCCCCGUCCCGACCGGAGCCACGCAAGCCUUCACGCCCGGACACCCAGCACCAUUCAGCGCGAAGCUCUCUCACCAGACAUGCCCUGCGUGCAGGCUCAGUACGGGCCCGUGCCCCCAGGCUCCGCCUACUCCGGACAGUCCUUUGGUUACCAGGGCGACAGCUACAGCUCUGACCUAAUGACAUCCGACUACACCAAGCUGGACCUGGGCGGGGGCGAGAUCUCGGCCGCGGCCGCCACCACCUCCCUGCCCAGCUUCAACGUCUUCGUGGAGGGCGGCUACGAGCCCAAGUCGUCCUGCCUCUACCAGAUGCCCCCGCACAGGCCCGUCAUCAAAAAGGAGGAGGACAGCUACCCGACUGCGCCGCAACUGGAGGCCCUGUCCUCCUCCGCCAUGUACUUUAAACAAUCUCCCCCUUCCACCCCUACCACUCCCUCCAUGCCACCACAGCCCGGCACCUCCUUCCUGUGGGAGGAGCACUCCUUAGCCCCUCCGUCGCAUCCCCACUCCAUGGGCCCCAACCUGGACACAAGCGGCCUCAAGUCCCCCCGCUUCCCACACUUCUACCAACACUCGCCGCCCCACAGCGGGGGCAGCAUAGGAGGCUACGAGGGUCUCUCGGGGGGCCUGGUGCGCACUUCGUCCUCCUCUUCCUCCUCAUCGUCCUCAGUCUCCCACGCUCACGGCCCGCCCCUGGAUCAGCAGCCCAUGUACCAGCUGCACCGCGGGGCGGGGGGCACCAGCCUCACAUUCCGCUCUCUGGCUCUCGGCCCCUGUGGGCCCUUGCUCGGGGACAGCCUGCCCUCGCCUCCGCCUCGCGGCCCCCAAGGAGAGGGCACCUGUGCGGUGUGCGGGGACAACGCCGCCUGCCAGCACUAUGGCGUCCGCACAUGCGAAGGCUGCAAAGGCUUCUUCAAGCGCACCGUGCAGAAGAACGCCAAGUAUGUGUGCCUGGCCAGUAAGAACUGUCCCGUGGACAAAAGGAGACGCAACCGCUGCCAGUACUGCCGCUUCCAGAAGUGUCUGAGUGUGGGCAUGGUCAAGGAAGUGGUGCGCACCGAUAGCUUGAAGGGGCGUCGUGGUCGUUUGCCCUCCAAACCAAAGAGCCCCCUGCAGACAGAGGUGGCCCCUCCCUCUCCGCCCCUCAGCCUGGUCUCCGCUCUGCUGCGGGCUUAUUCCCACUGCACGCCCCAUGACCUUGACUACAGCCAGUUCAGUGCUGCCGACCCCCCGUCGUCUUCCUCGGACGCCGAGCAGAUCCACCUUUUCUACCGGCUCCUCACCAUUUCGAUGGAGACCACGCGGUGCUGGGCUGAACGACUGCCGGGGUUCUCCGAGCUCCUGCGGGACGAUCAGAACCUGCUAAUAGAUUCCGCCUUCUUGGAGCUGUUUGUAUUGCGAUUGGCUCAUAGGUCGACGCUGUCUGAGGACAAACUGGUGUUCUGUAACGGUUUGGUGCUGCACAGGUUCCAGUGCCUUCGUGGGUUUGGAGAGUGGCUCGACUCCAUUCGGGACUUUUCCAACCAUCUCCAGAGCCUCAACCUGGAUGCGUCCGCCUUCGCCUGCCUGGCCGCGCUCGUCCUGCUCACAGAGCAAGUCCCUGGCCUGAAAGACUCUAAGCGUGUGGAGGAGCUUCAGAACAAAGUGAGCUGCUGUCUCAGAGACCACCUGGGCUGCGGACCCUCAUCAUCGUCAAAGGCGGCGCCCGCCCUGAGUCGUAUUCUGGGCUUAAGGGCGGAGCUGCGUUCCCAGAGGACUCAGGGCCUUCAGAGGAUCUUCUACCUGAAGCUGGAGGACCUGGUGCCACCUCCGCCUUUGAUUGACAGGUUUCUGGACACUGUGCCUUACUAAUGGCGGACGGGUGGUGAGGACAGACUCACUUUGCUAUGUGAUGCCAACAGGACAAGCAUGUAAAGAGACACAGAAAAAAUGCUUGGCCACGUCUGACUUUUUGCUGUGUGGCAGUCCUGUUUAGAUGUACACUGGCCUGCUUCUCUGGCGGGCGGACAUUUUUUAAAGUCAUGACAGGAGCAUUGCAUACACAUGUCAGCGUCGACACAUUUCAAUAACGCAGGAAGCGAGUUGUUUGAUUCCAAGUGCAAUUUUUGACUGCUUUCUUAUUUUAGGAAGCUUAAGGAGUGGUUUCAUUUCAAACUCUAAAUGAUUUGUCUGACAUUGUCAGUCUAGCUGUGGAAGAGAGAAGAAAGAAUGCUUUAGAAGAGAAAACUGGUGCACUAACGAUUGAUGACUGCUCACUCAGACUUGAACGGCUUUUUUUCAAAUGUUGCUAAUUUGUAUGGCGCCUCGCCUAUGCUCCUGAGAAACCAGCGUCCACUGCAGUGGACAUUUAUUUAUAUUUUUUUCUGCAUAACAGAUUUUUCAUUGUAAGUUUGACUAAAGAAAUAGAGCAAAAAGAAAUGUCCUCUGCAGAGGACGCUGGUUCUCAGCAGGGUAUUGAGAUCAGAGGAGACAGAAAGAAGCUUGUGAAGCACUUACACCCUGCAAAAGGCGAGAAGCACCGACACACACCCACAGGGCAGGGUGCUCGACAACAUAGAUCCACGGGCCAAACAUUCCGCAGUCUUUUUCUAGUUCUGUUGUGUGAGCGUGUGUGUGUGUGUGUGUGUGUGUGUGUGUGUGUGUGUGUGUGUGUGUGUGUGGGUGUGUGUGUGUGUGUGUGUGUGUGUGUGUGUGUGUGUGUGUGUGUGUGUGUGUGUGUGUG